AUGCGUAUUAUCAAAGACGAACCUCCACUUCAAACCAAAGCUUUAAGACUUACCAGAAAAUGGUACAAAACACUUAUAAACACGUACGAUGUGGUAUGUAUCUGUUUCUACUGUGAAUGGUAUCCCGGAAAUGGACGAGGUAACUACCGGGAACAAUAUGAUAAAGCAGCCAAUAUAAUUGCCAAUCUGUAUCCUCGGGAGCGUCACCAAAAGGGGAAAGCAAUAAUGGUUAAGGUAAACUGCAGCGACGAGAAGGUAUUAGCUAAAAUGUUUAACAUUGGAUACUAUCCAUUUUAUCAAAUCAUAAAAAAUGGAGAACUUAUGGAAACAAAGUACCCAAAAUGGAGAAGUACAGAAUACUUCCUACAAUUAAUUGAAGAAUUCAUAGAAGAUAAAAAGUCACGAUUACCGGAACCUGAUAGAAGUAUAUUACCUUUUGGAAUCUACACUGAGAAAUUAACACUAGAAAACUAUAAGAAAUUUGUUAGAGAACGUGAGAUUGUCAUGAUAUUCUUCUAUGCAUCUUGGUAUGAAUCAUGUAGAGAAGCACUGCAGCUUUAUGAAAAAGCCAAUGGGGAAAUUUGUAAUUUAUAUAGGCCAAAAUAUUACACAGCAAACUCAAUACAAACUGUUGCAAUGGCUAGAAUGGAAGCUGGACGUAAUGCUGCGGUUAUUAAAAAGUUCAGAAUUAAACAAUAUCCGACGUUUAAAUUGUUUAACAAUGGUUCUAUGCAUGGAGAAUAUAAAUGGGAUGGCAAACAUGAAGGAUUUGUCAAUGUACUAAGAGAAUUGAAAGAGAAAAAUCAAAUAGAACAAGAAAAAAGAGAAAAAAUCUAA